AUGGUCAAGACACUCCCCUUCGGUGACAUUCAGAUCCCAACGCCGGGAUUCGGCGCCAUGGGCUUGAGCUUCGGUUUGGGUAGCAACUUGAGCCUCGAGCAAGCCGAACCAGUCUUGCUGAAGGCAAUUGAAUUGGGAUGCACAUUCUGGGAUACUGCUGUUGUCUACCAAGCCGGCGUGAACGAAAAGCUUUUGGGUGACUUCAUCAGGAAGCACAACGUCCGCGAUAGGAUUUUCAUUGCCUCCAAGUGUGGGUUCGACGUCAUGGGAGGGAAUGGCUCCGUCACCAACUCCGCCUCGCAUAUCAAGGAGUACAUCGAAGGAACUAUUGAGAGACUUGGCUUUACACCUGAUUUGUACUAUCUGCACCGGAUUGACCCCAACACACCCCUGACUGAGUCCAUUCCUGCCCUUGAUGAAAUCCGCAGGGCAGGCAAGACCAAGUAUAUUGGACUUUCCGAAUGUUCAGCCGCCACAUUACGCAAGGCAAACUCAAUUGCCAAGAUUGAUGCUGUCCAAGCCGAAUACUCGGCCUUUGAGACACUCCACGAGACAGACGGCUUGAUCGAGACAGCAAAGGAGCUGGGCAUCGCUUACGUCGCAUACAGUCCACUAGGACACGGUUGGCUCGUCGAUAACUUCGAUUACAAGUCCCCGGAUGAUUUCGCCCCUGGCGAUUUCCGCCGAAACGUUCCCAAAUUCCAAGGCGAGAACUUCUACAAGAAUCUGGCCAUUGUCGAGGAAAUAAAGAAGCUAGCUACCCGCAAGGGAUGCAAGAUUAGCCAAAUCGCGCUCGCCUGGGUUGUCUCACAAGGACUGAUCCCCAUCCCGGGAACAACUAAGGCGGCCCGCCUGGAGGAGAACUGGGCUUCUCGGGAUAUUGAAUUGACCGAGGAGGAAAAGCAAGAAAUGCGCAGAAUUAUCGAUGCUGCUAAGCCACACGGUAACAGAUAUGGUCCUGCGCACCAGGCUUUGGUUGGACAUUAA